AUGCGUGGUCUUGUCAUAUAUGCGUGUCUUUUAACGGGACUCUUUUACUUUUCGGAAGGUAAACCAUGCCCUGAAAAGUCACGCCCCCAUAAGACGCGCUGUGACGCUUACUACAAGUGUCGAGAGCUGCCCUCCAAAUCUCAUGUCUGGUUGCCCAUCAAGUGCAAGGAAGGACUCGUCUAUGAGCAUAAUGUGGGCAGCUGUGUGUUGCCAGGCGAGGAUUGGGAGUGCAUCACGCCGAGUGAACUGUCGAGCACAUCCACAACAUCCCCAAAUCAAGCGGAUAUAUUGAUUGUGAACAACAAGAAGGAGGCACAACUUCUGUUCAGGGAUAAUGACAACGACAACGAUGACAAUGUGCAGAUCGUGCUGGACGCCACGUUGAGCAGCGAGGAGCAGGAGGAACAGGAGGAUGGGGAAACGAACUCUUCUUUAGCUGCACCCGAUCUCAGCGAGGAUGAAAACUCAUCCGUCAGUCAAUUCGAUUCCAGCGGCGAUGGUGAAUUGGUCGAUCUGGAUGGUCAAGUGCCGCUCGAGAAUCGUGAAGGUGUCAACAAUCUGGGCACAAAAUCCACAGCCAUCUCGGUGGCGAGUUCCACGUUGCACAGUGUGGAGCAACAUGCUGCUGGGAGUUCCCCCAUUGAUCCUAAUCUGACGGCGCAUCUACAGCGUCUCUCGCAGCUCAUCGAUGGAUUGCAGCAGACUUAUCAGAAGACGGAUAAGCCACAGCUGGAGAUGCGUCCGGAUCAGCUGAAUGCGUUCCUCGCUCACUUUGAUCUAAAGAAUCGCUAUGACAUGUUGAAUCCCUCGGGGAAUGACAGGGAUUCAACAAGCACAGAGGUGCCUUCAACCACAACAACUCAGGCUAUUAGUUCCUCCACGGACUCACCUAAUCCCUUGCCGGAACCUUCUCCGAAUAAGACGCGUCUGCAGGAGCAUCUGACCAGGCAGCGUCUGCAGCCGGAGACCAAGUUGAUGCUAUCGAAUACUCAACCCUUCUCCUCCUAUGGACCUGGCUAUGCCAACUCACAAAUUGUGGUGAAUCGUCCCGAGGGUUCCGUAAUGUUUACGUUACCCCAAUAUGGAUUAAGCUCGGAGCAGCAGCAACAACAGAGUCCCAGUCCGAUUUCGAGUUCUAUUCCGAGUCAGAGUCAUGAGUAUAGCGAGCAUGAGCCCAAGAUAUCGGAGGAGACCUUGAAGACGGUGCUAGAGCUAUCGAAGCAAAUGAUUGCGGCACAGAAUCUGCCCAAGGUGUUGCCCAAUCCGGCCUACAAUAGCGCCUAUUAUGCACCUCCGAUACUGCAACCUGUCAUACUCUCCCCGCACAACAAUCCCUUCCAGCAAUCCUACUAUCCCAUGCAGAGCUACGACGCCCCAUCGCCUCCAAGGAGCACACACUAUGUGCAUCACAAGAACAAGAAGCAGCAGCAACCGACGACGACAAUAAUCCACAACAAUGUCAUUCCCGUGCAUUUGUCGAGCACCAGUUCCGGGGAGAAGGAAGUGCUCGACACCUACGGCAACAGCUUAGGACUUUAUCCUCAAUUGGACAGGAAUCACAGGAAUCCUAACAAGAAUCACAACAAUGAUAAUAAUGAUAAUAAUAAUAAUGAUGGCAAUAAUUAUUAUAAUAAAUUUAUAGCCACCAUGACGACUGCGAGACCGAGUCCCAGCAUCUCAGUGACCAAAAGCAAUCAAUAUACGGGACAAUAUGCAGCUCCAUAUGCCAAUGAGUUUGUCCAGACAACGCCGAGUCCCUUUGCCGUGCAUCCCUCGCCGGCAACAGUUGCCACCUAUUAUACGCCCAGUCCGCAUCUCAAUGAGAACAAUGUAAACAGCAUUUUCCAGGCGGAGAGUUAUCCCAUUAAUAGACUGGGCAUGUUUCCAACACAACUUGAGCCAGGUCAGGUGAAAAUACGACCCAAUUCACAGAAAAUCGAAAGCAUGGAAGUGGAAGCUGAUGCUGAAGCCGAAGCUAAUGAAUCAAUUAACGCCGGGAAUCGUCUCGCUCCACAACAUGUACUGACCUACAGCAGCGGAGGUUCCAUGAGCCAUCAAUUAGCACCUGGCUCGUAUGUAGAGCAGACCUACACCAUGUCCCAGAAUGCGGCUAACGAGCAACACUCUCAACACUCUCAACAGUCUCAACACUCUCAGCAAUCUCCACAAUCCCAACACUCUUAUCAUCAGUUUAAGUCUCCCUAUUUGCCUAGUCCCACUCCGAGCAUGAGCAGCAGCAUUUAUAGCGAUACGGCGGGUAAUGUGGGACUGAGCAUGUUCAGCACGGGAUUGGGUAUGGGCAUGGGCAUGGGCACAGCACCUGGUAAUAGCCUACAAGUGAUGCCCGCCAAGACAAAGUAUCCAUCUACAGUGGGACAACUGGUCAACUUUAAUGGCAACUUCAUCAGUUUGGAUGUCUUCCAAAAGUCCAUACUCCCCUUGAUGACCCAAUCGCCUGGUGCCAUGUCGGAGCUGGGCAAUGUGGAGGUCAUCACCUGCCAGGCGGGAGUGCGCCAGCCCAAUCAGACGGACUGCACCCGCUAUUUCGUGUGCAGCAAAAAGGAUGGCAAAGUCCUCUCCUAUUCCUGUCCCCCCUACACGGGUUUCAACAAACAGACGCGGAUUUGUGAUGCUCAAACAUAUGCACAGUGUGGAAAUAUGCCGCAAUUCAAUGGUUACUCCAUCGAGGAGAAUAGGCGACAGCAGAUGGAGACACUCAAGAUGCUGGCGGAUGCGAAGCGACGUCAGGAGGCGGCAUUGAAGGCUCAGAGCAUUGCCAAUCUUCUACAGCAAUAUGGAAGCGCCCAAGAAUCGGCUGCAUCCGGACCAUCUUCCAGCAUUGAGCAGAACUUGUUGGAUUCCUAUAUGGUGAGUUAUUCCGAGACCAGCACCACGCCACGCCCCUUGCCUCCCGCCCCCACCAUGGCGCCCAUCAUCAGUAACAACAACAACAACAACAUCAGUGGGUCGGUGAAGAAGCGCAAAUAUUACUGCAAGGAGGGAGAUAAGAUACCAGAUCAGACCUCCAUUAGCAGCUACUUUGUGUGCUACAAGAAUGCCCAAGGUCAGAUGAGAGGUCACAAAAUGACCUGCUCCAAGACGCUCGUCUUCUGCCCCAGAACUCUCAUGUGCACCUUGGCCAGCAAGUGCACGGGUUAAACUCUUUGCCGAUUACUAUCGGAUAUAUAUAUGCGAU